AAUGCUCGAAUAUAGAGUAAUUAAAAGAAUUAUAUUAUACUUUGUCCAUCAGUUUGACAUCGACAACAAUUGCUGCCUUGUUCUCAUGCAAAUUGCAAAGUAAAAUACAUAGACACUAAUCAUAUAUCUAAGAAACCAGAGUCCUAUUUUAGUCCCCCGAAACCAGCAUAAAUCUUGCAGAAAAAAAUAAGAGGGAGAGAGAACCAGUUUCUGGGGGGAAAAACAAUGGAUAAGCAGAGAACUGACGCUUACCUUGCAGUUCAAGCUACAUGUGUGGUUUUCUUGGCAAUUUGUGUAGUAGCUUCUGGAGAGCCAGAAACAGAGGCCCUUCUCAGGUGGAAAGAAAGUCUUCCAGAUCAACCAAUUCUGGAGUCAUGGGUCUCUCCAGCGCAAAACUCAAGUGCAGCUCAAAGCCCAUGUUCAUGGCGUGGAAUAACAUGUGAUAAUUCCUCAGGAAGUGUGAUUGCAGUAAACUUGGCUUACACUGGUCUUGAAGGUACCCUCCAGAACUUGAACUUCUCUGCAUUUCCAAAUCUUCUCCGCCUUGAUCUUAAAACAAACAACCUCACCGGUAGUAUACCAGAAAACAUUGGAGUGCUUUCUAGAUUGCAAUAUCUUGACCUCUCAACAAAUCACCUCAAUGGCACUUUACCUCUUUCUCUUGCUAAUUUGACUCAAGUUUACGAGUUUGAUGUUUCUCGAAACAACAUUACUGGGAUAUUAGACCCUCGUCUCUUUCCUGAUGGUUCUGAUCAGCCCAAGACUGGACUGAUAGGGAUCAGAAAUCUUCUCUUUCAGGACACCCUGCUUGGUGGUAGAAUUCCAGAUGAAAUAGGGAAUAUAAAAAAUUUAACUGUGCUAGCUUUAGAUGGGAAUAGCUUUUAUGGACCUAUUCCCCCAUCUCUAGGGAACUGUACACAUUUGAGUGUUCUUAGGAUGUCUGGAAACCAGCUCUCAGGCGUGAUUCCUCCUGGUUUUGGUAGAUUGACUAAUCUAUCUCAGGUUUUCCUCCACAUAAAUAAUUUACAAGGUCCCGUACCACAAGAAUUAGGAAACUUCUCUUCUUUAACUGUCCUACAUCUUGCUGAAAACAACUUCACUGGAGAGUUACCACCGCAAGUUUGCAAAGGUGGCAAGCUUGCCAAUUUCAGUGCUGCCCACAAUAGUUUCACCGGCCCAAUUCCAAUAAGCCUGAGAGAUUGCCCAUCCUUGUACAGGGUUCGGAUGGAAUAUAACCAACUCAGGGGUUAUGCGGAUCAAGAUUUUGGAGUGUAUCCUAAUCUUACUUACAUGGACUUCAGCUACAAUAAUGUCCAAGGUGAGCUCUCUUCAAAUUGGGGAAGCUGCAAAAACUUGCAAUAUCUUAGCAUGUCUGGAAAUUCAAUAGGUGGUGCCAUACGUGAUGAUAUUUUUCAGUUGAACCAACUGGUAGAGCUACAUCUGUCUUCCAAUCAAAUAUCAGGAGAGAUUCCCCAACAAAUAGGGAAUUCUUCUAGCCUUUCCACUCUAUCUUUGGGUAGCAACAAACUUUCAGGAUUGAUACCAGCAAGCAUUGGGAAAUUGUCCAAUUUGCAAACAAUAGACUUGUCAACAAACAUGCUAAGAGGACAAAUCCCUUAUCAGAUAGGGGAUUGCUCAAACUUGUUGAGUUUAAAUUUCAGCAACAAUGGCUUGAAUGGAACAAUCCCACACCAAAUUGGAAAUCUGGCAGCCUUACAAGAUUUGUUGGAUUUCAGUUACAAUUCACUUUCUGGCCAAAUUCCAGCUGAUCUUAGCAAGCUGAAAAAUUUGAUCAGCUUGAAUAUCUCUCACAACAAUCUAUCUGGUUCCAUCCCUGACUCUCUUGGUGACAUGUUGAGUUUGUCAAGCAUCAAUCUCUCUUACAACAACUUGGAGGGUCCUGUACCCAACAGUGGCAUAUUUAAUUCUUCCUAUCCAGUGGAUUUACGAAACAACAAAGAGUUAUGUGGGAAUAUACAAGACCUGCAACCUUGCAAUGUCUCAUACACAAAACCUGGAGGUGGAAGCAACAAAAAGAAAGUUAUAGUAGCCAUUGUUGCUUCUUUGGGAGGUGCACUGCUUGUUUCAUCAUUGUUGGUUUGCAUUUUUGUCUUUUGUUGUAAGACAACAUAUAUGAAACAGAAUUCUGCACGGGAGAGAAAAAGUCCAUUUUCAAUAUGGUAUUUCAAUGGCAGAAUUGUUUAUGAAGACAUAAUUGAAGCCACUAAGAACUUUGAUGACACCUACUGCAUUGGAGAGGGAACAUUAGGGAAAGUUUACAGAGUGGCCAUGCCAGGAAGUCAAGUAGUUGCUAUAAAAAAGUUAAGAUGUGAGGCAGAUAGCUUAGACAUUGAAAGUAUAAAAUCCUUUAAAAGUGAGAUAGAAGCCAUGACUGAAACACGUCACAGAAACAUUGUGAAGUUGUACGGGUUUUGUUCAGACCCCUUACACACAUUUUUAAUUUAUGAGUACAUGGAAAGAGGGAGCUUAAAUGAUAUGCUGAGAAAUGAAGAAAAAGCUACUGAGCUAGAUUGGCCAAGGAGAGUUGGGAUUGUUAAGGGAGUAGCACAAGCUUUAUCUUACAUGCAUCAUGAUUGCAACCCACCAAUAAUCCACAGAGACAUAUCAAGCAAAAAUGUAUUAUUGUCCAAAAAUCUGGAAGCUCAUGUCUCAGACUUUGGCACAGCAAGGUUCCUGAAGCCAGAUUCACAUAUUUGGACUUCCUUUGCAGGCACAUAUGGCUACGCAGCUCCAGAGCUUGCAUACACAAAGGCAGUGACUGAAAAAUGUGACAUGUAUAGCUUCGGUGUUUUGGCUUUUGAAAUUCUCACAGGAAAUCAUCCAGGAGAUCUAAUUUCUCAUAUACAAACAUAUGGUGUUCAAAACAUCAACUUCAAAGAGAUUUUAGACCCACGUCUUUCACCUCCUACAAAUCAAGAAAAAUUGAAGGAAUUGGCUUUGAUUAGUAAUCUGGCUAUUUCUUGUUUACAGUCAAACCCUCAAUCACGACCAACUAUGCGAAGCAUAGCUCACAUGAUUGACAUGGAGACAGCUCGUGAUUCAUGAUUUAAGUAUGCUUGCUUGUUUUCCAAUGGGCUUUGCUAUAACAAGUGAUCGGAGUGCUUUUAUGUA